AUGGGCAAGUAUCUGUUCAGGGAGAGACGACUGCCAGUAUAUGAUAUUGCAGUUGCCAUCACAAAACUAGACAUGUGCAGGAGACAAUACGCGAACGAUGCGUGCAAUAGAGGGACAGCAGGUUUUGCGUACGUCGGCGGCGCAUGCGUCGUCAACAAGAGAUUGGAAAAAGUGAAUUCGGUUGCUAUAAUCGAGGACACUGGUGGUUUUUCUGGUAUCAUUGUCGCUGCUCAUGAAGUUGGACACUUAUUGGGCGCCGUCCACGAUGGAAGUCCACCGCCAUCAUACCUAGGAGGCCCUGGUGCUGAGAAGUGCAGAUGGGAAGACGGAUUCAUCAUGUCAGACCUUCGUCAUACAGAGAAGGGCUUCCGGUGGUCUCCCUGCAGUGUGCAGAGCUUCCAUCAUUUUUUGAAUGGAGACACGGCAACGUGUUUAUACAACUCGCCUCAUGAAGACGAUUCCCUACCGAGAGUACUUCCUGGGCGACUACUCACACUAGACGCGCAAUGUAGGAAAGAUCGGGGCACCAGUGCGUGUUUCAAAGAUGAGCGGGUUUGCGCGCAAUUGUUCUGUUUCGACGCGGCAAGUGGAUACUGUGUGGCUUACAGACCGGCUGCUGAAGGGUCCCCAUGUGGAGACGGACAGUACUGUAUAAACGGACGGUGUAUCACCGAGAACGAGAAUAUAAUCCCGGAUUACUCCCAACACACGCCGAGUUACGUCCGACCUGAGACCAGCCCCUUCUACGGAAACAUUACAAGUAGCGAAGAUACAACACAGCCAUACGUACCCAGUACAGAACCACCCCCCCAACAAAACUAUUACAAAUCGCCAGAAACAACAACAGAAAACCCAUACCACUACUACACGCAAGAACCUAAACGCGUAGAGAAAAGUACAGAAGCAACAAAAUUCCCACCAUCACUGAACCUAUACUCCGUAUCGACCACACGAAGUCCAUACGAUUUCCAAGAUUUCUAUUCGAGAACCACGGCAGAACCCAAACGGGGCUUCUUCAGCAAGGGUGACCUUGAGAGCUAUUUCUCUCGGACGACGAAGAGCCCCUACCAGGACAAGGGUGUCCAAUCGGUCUUCAAAUUUGGGACGUACUAUUCCCAAAAAUCGUCGGAUAACUCCAUAAGACCAGAUGCUAACUCGCAGCAAGUACAAAUUGAGCCAGCGAGAUUAGUUUACUCGUAUCAGAGGAAUUUGACGGAUCAUGUGUAA